CUUCUCUUCCGCACCGGAUUGUUCUUGUCUCUGCUUGUUGGCAUCCCGUCACUCUAUUCAGAACAUAUUUGUAUUUAGCAUAUUAGCCUCUCCAUGCUGGCGGCCCUGCGGCGGACAAUCGAGUGGACUGGGCAGUACGCGUACUGUUUUCUGCACCACAACCCGAACCUGCGCGAUGAGUUGUUUACUACCUCGUAUGUCGUUCCGCAGCCCCUGCUAGCAGCCAUACGCGUGGUGGUAUUUGUAUACUGCCUGUCGGUGCUUGUUGCAAAUCUAGUGGUCAACAUUAUGCAUGAGGCGGGCUGGAGCUGGCCAGCAUACUUUACGACACUGACAUACCUUGGAAUCACUAUGUACUACGGGUUUGCAGCAUUCAACACAUGUCAGUAUACGCUCGUAUACGGGCUGCGCAACCGCCGGCGCAUACAUACCAGUAUGGUUUCGCAUCCCAUCCAGAUCCCUUUGGAGCAGUUUCGCCAGCGGACGCUAGGCCUUGGAAUUGACCAUAGCAGUGCCUCCCCGCCUGAAUUGACGCCAGAGCCAAAGGGCUAUGUUGCAAAUGCUACAAGCCAACCACAGAGCCCGGCUGGGUGGCCCGACAACGCCUCGAUACCAGCGACUUUGGCACAGCCGUCGUCGACAUUGCAUCAGCUCGCCUUGGCAACGCAGUGGCUCCUGUACGAGACAUUCACCUGCUACGCACCACUGGUGUCGUUGAUCUACUGGGGGUUCCUGUACCCAUCCAGCGGCGGCUUCUAUGAGAGGAUCGACACGUGGAUGGGCACCAGCAUGCACGCGACCAACACAGCACUGAUGCUGCUUGAGGUGCUCCUGUUUUCGCGGUGCCCGUACCGGUGGACGCACUUUACCGUUGUCAUCAGCGUCCUGGCCUCGUAUCUUGUCCUGGUAUACUUUAUGGUCGGGGUUUACGACUUUUACGUAUACCCGUUCUUUGAUGCGCGCUUCUUUGGCGGAUACGUUGCAAUUAUCUGUCUGCUGGUUGCAGACAUUGUCGGGCUUGUGUGGGUCGUGCUGCUGAUGGUGCACAGAUGGCGCGACACAAAGUACCCAAAAUGGACUCAGGAGUGAGCCACAUUUCAUGCGCCGCAGCUCUUGGCAGCCAGGGGAUCGAGUAGCCUUGAGCGAAUUUUUGCUCAACACUCGGGGGAUCUGAGUCUUGGCAAAGAUGGAGGGAAAUGGCGGGCCUCGGCAAUGUAGGCUUGAUUUUUCUGCAGCCAUAAUUCCGCUU